GCCAAACUUAGCCUGCCUCCUCCCCCCGCUUCCCCUCCAUCGGUGGCCUCCUCCCCCGAUCCCCCUUCUCUCUGGGAAGGCCCUUGGAUCCCUCGAUCUCCAAGGCCUUCCUUCCUCCAUUGCCAUUGCCACCGCCACCGCCACCGACCGUCUAAACGUACCUGGUGAUCUCGUCCCGCUCUCCGGCCGCCUGAUCGAGCAAAGCCGCUACCGCUGCCACGCCUCCAGCCCCUCCCGCUCCGCGCCGGCCGGUCCGGUCGAUCAUUUUGGCGCGCGGAGAAGGCCGGGGCAUGGCCUUCCACGAAUUGAGGACGCCGCGCCGUUGCUGAGAGGCCGGGGCAUGCUCGGCGCGCGGUGACGGCGGCCGGCGGCUCGGUGCGUGCGCGCGUGCGCGCCCUGCGUUCCUGGCCUGAUCGCGUCGUCGCCCGCCCGCCCGCCCGACCGGCGCCCACGACGUCGCAGCCACGGGGAGGCGCCGAGGGAAGGGCAAGAUGAGCUGCUUUCCGUGCUUCGGCGGCGGAAAGGGCAAGGAGGAUGGCGAGGCCGAGACCACGGAGGCGGCGGCCCCGCCGUCCAACAUGACGCCGCCCCCGGCGGUGCAAGCGCCCGACGCGUACUCCGCGGCGCCCGCGGCCGCUCUAGCAGCCGCGGCGUCGCCCAAGCCCGGUGGCGCGAACAACGCGGACCAGUCUUCCGCCGACGAAGCGUCGCUGCGGCAAGCCAUCACGGCGCAGGCGUUCGCGUUCCGCGAGCUCGCCGCGGCCACCGACCACUUCACGCCGUACAACCUCGUCGGAGAAGGCGGUUUCUUCCGGGUCUACAAGGGCAAGCUAGAGAAGAGCGAGCAGACCGUGGCCAUCAAGCAGCUGGACAAGCACGGCUUCCAGGACAACAAGGCGUUCCUGACCGGGGUCGCCAUGCUCAGCCAGCUCCACCACGAGAACCUCGUCGACAUCGUCGGCUACUGCGCCGACGGGGACCAGCGGCUGCUGGUGUACGAGUCCGUGCCCGCCGGCACCUUGGAAAACCACCUGUUCGCAGAUUUGUCGGACGGCAAGAAGCCCAUGGACUGGUGCACGAGGAUGAAGGUGGCGCACGGCGCGGCGCAGGGCCUGGAGUACCUGCACGACAAGGCGAGCCCUCCGGUGGUGUACGGGGAGUUCAAGGCCUCCCACAUCCUCCUCGACGAGAACCUCACGCCCAAGCUCUCAGACUUCGGGCUCGCGCAGCUCGGCCAGGCGGGCGGCAACAUGCCGGUGGCCUCGCCCAUGAUGGGCUCCUUCGGCUGCUGCGCGCCGGAGUACGACCGGAGCGGGCAGGCCACCAUGAAGUCCGACGUGUACAGCUUCGGGGUGGUGCUCGUGCAGCUCAUCUCCGGGAGGAGGGCCGUCGACACCAGCAAGCCCGUGGCCGAGCAGAACGUGGUCACUUGGGCCAUGCCGAUGUUCAAAGAUCAGAAGAGAUAUCACGAGCUGGUUGAUCCACUCAUCAAAACAGAGUACCCAGCCAAAGCUUUGAACCAGGUGGUCGCCAUGGCGGCGAUGUGCUUGCAGGAAGAGGACUCCGUGCGACCACUGAUGGCCGACGUCGUCAUGACGCUGGGCUUCCUCACGUCUAUGCCGCCAGACCCACCGGCCCCUGCUGCUCCACCUGCCGCCGCCGAGCCGAAGAAAGAGAAAGGAUUGGAUCAUUCCGACUCGUCGUCGGAAUCUUCGGACGAUGAAGGCGACGAGGAGGAGGAGGACGAGGAGGAGGAGGCCGAGGAGCAAUAAUAAAGGGCAGGUUUGUUCGAAGGCUUCGAUGUGGAUGGCCACGAAAGAUGGAGUGGCUUUGAUGCGCUUUAACGUGUAAAGGAGCUCAGUGCGUGGACUGAUCUCGAGGGCUACCGAGAGGUCGUGGCAGUGUAAAUUGUGGGGGUGUUCAUAAGUGAGUAAUGUUUUUGUUGUGAAUGAGACUUCUAAUGUGAAGCUUACGAAUCAUACAU